AGAUCUGAUCCAGACAAUACGAGGAGGAGGAGGAGGGGAGAUAGGGAGAGACAUGGUGGGCGCAGGGCAGACGAGGUGAACAGUGGAUGGACGGAAUGACAGCCCCAGAUCAAGAGACUGAUAGAGAGUGAGAGUGAAGGAGGAGCCCGUGAAGGAGGGGAGGAGGAGGAGUCUUACGGGACUGGAGGAAGAUAAAAGAAAAGGAGAGAGAGGUCUGAAAGCAGAACCCCCUCCAGACACAGCCACAACACUGGAGCAGCAUUCUGAGACCAAGGAACAUGGAUUAAAGUCAAGGCAGGUUGGAAAUCUAUCCGGAAAUAGGACACCUUCAUUCAGCCAGCAAUCAAAGGAACAGAAGCUGUGAAAUGGAGAGACGAAGACUAUGAACAGAGGAAUGGAGAGACAUUAGAGCAUCGUAUGGCUUGAGAUUACUAGGAACAGAGACACACUGUGGCAUCACAGGGCCUUGACAGGACCAGGGAACUCUGGGGAAAACACACCUGAGGAACAACUUAACCUCAGAAAAGAAUUACCAGCCUUCUACACUGUCUGCCUUACACCCCCAUCAGCCGUCAGGGAAGCAAAGCCACUAUACUAAGGAUUUAUCACAUCCACAGGAUGGGUGCCUAAAACAGGCAAGCUGAAGAUCUGAGUCCCCAGAAGGAGCACCGCCAGGCCUCCAGCGCCCACAGCAUGCUGCCCAGGACACCCCAAGAAAGGGGCACCCCAAGCAGGCUCCUGCUGGUGCCUCUCAUCCUUGGGCUGCUGGUGACCUUUUGUGCUGCAGAGAGUGAGACAAGUCAGGAGAACCAGGAAGAGAAUAAUACUGUCAGUACAGAGAGCCCGGAGACUGUCUCCUCAGAUGUGGCCAUCGUCAGUCCUCGCAACUCCUGGUUGGUGUUCAGACGCAACUCUAACAAAGGCGAGAACAAGAAGACCAAGCCACAGAAGAGGCCAUCUAAGCAUGGUCUACCAGGGCCCCCCGGACCACCGGGUCCCCAAGGGCCACCGGGCCCCCCUGCCCUGCUGUUACCUGAGCAGGAAGAACUAAUGCAGGAGUUCCAAUUACGACUGAGAGAGAUGGCGGUCAGUACUUGUCUGCUUUGUGAGCGGCCGCAUCGCGUGGCCACGGCCUUCCACGGCCGGCUGCAUCACCCCCUCGCAGUGCCGCGCCGAAGCCUGCUGGAGCUGCAGCCGUUCGGCAGUCCCUCAGACACAGAACGGAGCCUCCAGAGGGGCCAGGGAUUCAACACCAGCAGCGGCCGCUACACGGCCUCCAUAUCUGGGUUCUACCAACUCACUGCCAGCCUCCUCAUAGAGCCCAAUGAGAGGUCCCAGGCCAGGAUGAGGGACAGUGUGAAGGCUUCCAUCUGCAUUGAGUCUCUGUGUCAGAGCAAUGUGUCUCUGGAGUCGGUGACAGGGGUGGGUACUUCAGGAGGAGUCUUCAACAUCUUACUGACAGGGACCCUUUACCUGCAGGCGGGGGAGUACGUCUCCGUGUUUGUUGACAACGGCACGGGCUCAGCGCUCACAGUCCUCCGGGACACGUUGUUUUCUGGGAUACUCCUGGGAGUGUGAAGAUGUACGCGUGGAAGUGCGCGCGGGCGCGCGUGCAGACGCAAACGCACCCGCACACAAAUAUGCUUAGACACAAACACAGAUGUGCGCACACACAUAUCGAAAUUAAUACAUUCAUUAAAAACAUAUACUGAGGUGGUUGUACUCGGGGGCUUAAUGUCCCUGACUACUAGUUCAUUCUUCCUUGCUUGCUUUUUUUUUAUAAUGUCAAUGAGGGGUUUCUGGUUUUCUAUAAUGAUGUUCCCACUUAUUUAAAAAAUGUUUGAAACAUGGAUCAGACAUUAAACCUUCUGAAUUUCCGUUGAUAGAGACCUUAUAGUCAAUGAUGUCCUCAGUUAUUCAUAAUCCUCUACUCGUCCUGUGAUCUGGCAAUUGAUUUCCAUAGCUAGGAUAAUAGGUUGGUCUUGAAAUCUAUUACCAUGUCUUUAGUUUUGGUCACGUUGAGGUUCUGGCUACACCAUAACCUGUGGAUUUCAGCCCGGAGAAUGCCCUCUGAGUUGCUUACGUCCCUGAUUACUGUGUCUUCCGACGUCAACUUUGGGUACCAGCUCAAACAGUCGUUGGUGUGCAGGGUGAAUACUGAAGACGUUUGAAAGUGUUUCACAAAAAGGUCACUUUGAAUUCAUGUUCUGACAGUGUUCCAAUAAAAACCACAUUUACUGUAUUAUCUUCCCUCUGAAAGCGUAUCCUUGCACCUACAACUGACCCAUUAACAAUGUUCAGGGCUUUAUAAUGCAGUCACAAGACUUCUGAAAGUGAAUAAGAAAAUAAUUUUUCAAAAUCAAUUACAUGGUAUUUCUGUCCUAUAAAAAGCACAAAGACUGAAAUAUGCAUUUAAGAUUUACUGCCCGUCUUUGUGCGUACAUACAGAAUGCAGGUUGCACUAAAAAGCUAUGGCAAAAAAAACACUACUAAUGGCAGAGAGCACAGGAAAGCCUUUCACUGGUACCUGGUGGUGGGAGGAGUGUGUCAUCACCAUUGACAGACACAUAGCAACCAUUUCAAUUAUCCAUAACAGCAUUGCUAAGACAACAGAGUCAAAUUCGUUGAGGCACAAUGUAGCAAAACAUUUUGCAACGUAAAUCAAUUCACAAUAAAAAAAUAUAUGUUUUUUAUUGUACAGAUGUAGUUUGUGCCUACUUGUUCCAAAAAUACCUUUGGGGGUCUGGGGAAGAUGACCCAGGAACAUUUUAACACUCAGAAACCACCAUUUUGUAGAUAUAGAUUUAUUUUUAAUACUCCUACUUUCAUUGUUGAUGAUUUGCUUUAAGUCACUAUUCAGAAUAUUUAUUCGCUUUUGGAUGUGAAAUGAAUAUCGGAAAAAUUUGUAUGUUUGUUUUUUAUAAUUUUGCUUUUAAUAAAAUGUUUCUUCUAUCAAUUAAGGUUAGUAUAUGCUCUCAGAUGUCUUGAUUUUUAAAUGUGGAAUAAUCUGUUUUCAAUUUCAAUUCCAAGGAUAAUUAUACGCUACAUAGAGAGAUCUGUAGAUAUGUUUUCUGCUUGGCUUCUAUGUAUGUGCGUGCACAAGGGCACUCUGACAGGACGAUGAAUAUACACAUUGUUUUGGAGGUGGAUUUGGGGUGAGAUCAUCAUGUUCGUAAAGUGGCGCCUUGUGCUUGGCUUUGUGCCAGACACAGACACAGAGACAGACAGACAGACACAGACACAGACACAGAGACAGACAGACACACAGACAGACACAG